AUGCACCAGCAAGACAUGUCUGAAAGCUCUUCAGGUCAAAACACAAGCAGUCAGGAGAUUCACCCAUCUACUUCAUCCUACACCUCCGAUCUGAGUGAGUCACACACUGGCUCGGCUCUCUUGAGGAACAGAACUUUUUAUUCACGUUCGGACUCUGGAAUAUCAUCCCUGCUUCCAUCAGAUUCUUUUAAGUACCUUACUUGGCACAAGGUAGAACAAAAUGACAUCCAAGGAAGUCAACUGCGUCGCCCAAGAGUAAGAGAAGGACCCUCUGCGGAAGAGUUGUUCUUCAGACAGGAGUGUACCUUGCCUCCACGGAAAAGAGUCCUUGAAAAAAACAAAUGGGAAACAUGGCUGCAAGAAAACUGGGAGGACUGCAAGAAUUUGAACCUUUCAUUUCAGGAUUUGGGGGACCCUUAUCAAGUUGCAAAUUUUAACAGGAUUCUUAGAAGACUAAUUCGAGUUGAAACCCUCUGGUUAGUGGAUAAUUCACUGGUGGAUUUAAGUGCCGCAAGAUUGCCAAGCUGCAGAGUUUUAAAUAUGAACAAAAACCAUCUCACAUCUUUCAAACAAUUGCCAAAGAUACCUCAGAUACAGCAUUUAUCCUUGGCUGAAAACCAUAUUGAGACUCUGGCUGGGCUCUCCAGUUUGCGGUGCACGCCAUUGGAAUCCCUUACGCUCAGGAGGAACCCUUGUGAGUUUCACCAAAACUACCGGAAACGAUCCUCCAAUAAGAAGACAGCACAGUUCAAAAGAGAAAGGACUUAA